AUGACACCUUUGAACUCGACAGGUAGCCCGCUGGCUGCUAAUGCGCAGAAUGGACAAGUUGGGCAGAUUUCGGUCGGCCAGAGGAUGCUGUCGGCUACCGGCGGUAGCAUCUUGACGGCUCUACUAGUCACACCCUUGGAUGUCGUACGAAUUCGGCAACAGUCACAAGCAUCACCUAUACACAACUUAUCCAAGUUCACUGCGCACACGACCGACGCAUUCAGGGCACUACCGGCUGAUCUCGGCGUAACAGCAUGCUGUCGCGAAGUGUUUUGGAUUGGCAACAACCCGGAAAUGUGUCUAGUCGGAAACGGACCUAUGGCCAGGGCAAUUGAUUGCGCCGUGGAAGAUACACAACAGCGCCGGAUAAACUCAACGUUUGACGGAAUACGGAAGAUCGCACGAAACGAGGGAGUUUUAACAUUAUGGCGAGGACUAGUACCGACGCUGGUGAUGAGUGUUCCCGGAAAUGUGAUCUAUCUUGCGGGAUACGAGUGGAUGAGGAUUGACCCGCGCAGUCCGCUUCCACGAUAUAUACCUGACGGAUAUGUACCCCUGGUCGCAGGAAGUAUUGCGCGAAUAGCUGCGGCGUCAGCGAUCAGUCCAAUUGAGAUGUUCCGAACACGCCUUCAGGCGACACCUGGUACCGGUACUGGCCACUUUCGCGCUACACUUGAGGGUCUUCAUCAAAUGACCCAGGUAAAUGGAUAUAGCUCUCUAUGGCGGGGUUUGGGCUUGACAAUGUGGCGAGAUGUGCCAUUUUCAGGUCUAUAUUGGUGGGGCUACGAAGCUGUGCGAAAUUUCAUUACAGACAUUCGUGAACGAAAUAAGAAUAAUAAUCAUCUCCAAGACGGUUCGAGGAGUCGACGCGAUUCCCAGUCCAGUCAAAGCACAGCUAUCACAAUGAUGGAUAGCUUUAUAGCUGGAUCGGUUUCCGGCGCCGUUUCAGCAUUGGUGACUACACCGUUUGACGUGGGUAAAACACGGCAACAGGUAUUCCGACAUAGCAGCGAUGAAGUUGUCAGCAGUGCGGCAACAGGGAGAAUUGGUUCGACCGCAGUCGUACACCCUGAACUACUACCCAUGCCGCGCUUCUUGCUACAUAUAUUCCAACAUGAAGGCUUAGGUGGCUUGUUCAAAGGCUGGGCUGCCCGCUGUCUGAAAGUUGCCCCUGCCUGCGCUAUUAUGAUUUCGAGCUACGAAUUGGGCAAAAAGAUGGCCCUAGACGUUAACACCCGACGACAUUCCGAUGGCGACAACAUAUAA